AUGUCUGUAAACGCCUUGCUUUGGACGGCACUUCAGAGUGUUAACCCAUGGGCUGUAUUGGCCUGUGCCAUUAUUCAAGAGGUGUUUGCUUUUCUGUGGUUUGGUUGUAUCCUCAAGAAUGUUGGGGAUUACUACCUUGCUGCUGACAAAGGUGUACGAAGAGUGGAACACAUUGUUCACCGGUAUUCUUUUCUCUUCUGCAACUCGACAACAAUUGCCGCAGGUAUUCUUCGUGCUGUCUCUGUUCAAGUGAUGGUGACUGUUUGUGGGGGUCAUACUUUCAACGAUUAUCAGCAGGCUGCAGUGGUGAUCGCAUUACUCUCUUGUAUAAAUCUGCACGAUUCCUUCUGGAGUCAACGUCCCCUGCCAUUGUUGCUCACGAAUUGUGGCUAUGAGGCAGCAGCUGCAGUCCUGGCAGCUGUGUCUUACUUUGGAAUGCAAAAGUACGUUUUCUAG